AGGUGGAGAUAAACUACAGUAACUAAAGUAAGAUAGCUCUGGCUACUAAUUUUGUCGUUAAAUUAAUUUCAAACCUGUUAAUUGUCUUACUGGAAGUGGAUUCUUCGAGUCUACCGAUAUGGCUCUGACUGUUACACUGCUGAAUGGUGCCUAUUUACGUGGUAGAUGCGGCAGGCACAAAGUUUUGCACCCGUUACUUGGACCUCUUCUCAGCGAUUUCAUGUCAAAAUUGUAUAGCAGCUACAGGAGGCCAGGGUCACAGCCUGAGAAAAAAAAGUCUUGGCAAAAUAUUGAUUUCAGUUUUAAGAAGGUCAUUGAUGUGUUAAAGACUCAGCUAAGCAUGCUGAGUAAGGAGACCAAAGAUUACUUAAUAGGACCUGGAGGCUUUCCAAUCGAUCGAUACCUGUUGGAACAGACAAGGGUGUUGUGGGAGUUCCGGAGCCAAGAAGAUUUAAAUAAAUGGGUUAUUUCCUCUGAUGUAGAGAUUGGAGGCAAAAGUGAAGUUUACCUCAAAUUGGGUAGGAAUAACCAGGCUGCUCUGCUGUAUGGAACCCUCAAUACGGAAGUACCUCGUGAUGGGGAGACCAAAUACAGUGGAUAUUGUAGUAUGAGAGCCAAACCACCCAUGGGAUCCUUUGCUAGGAAGAAGUAUUAUGACUGGUCAAACUUCAACAGUCUAUAUUUACGUGUCCGUGGCGAUGGCAGACCUUGGAUGGUAAACAUUUACACAGACCCUUACUUCUCUCAUCAAAAGGAUGACCUCUACAACUACUUCAUGUUCACCCGAGGAGGCCCAUACUGGGAGGAAAUAAAGAUUCCAUUCUCCAAAUUCUUUCUCUCCAGUCGGGGAAGAGUCCAGGAUGACCAGCAUCCUAUCUGGUUAGACAAG